AUGGACAAUUUAGAUAGUGUUGAAUUUGUAUCUCUUGCUCUAGAUUCAAAUAAGAAACCCUUGUUAUUUAUUGAUCUAUACGUCCAAAAAUUCCUGGCAGAACCCCUCAAAACCCUCAUUGACUCAGGAGCCACUUUGAACUUUAUCUCCCCUUUGAUUGUGGAAAAAUAUAAAAUUCCAAAAACCCAACUCAAAAAUCCACAAGUUGUGAGAAUGUUAGAUGGUACUAUCUCUCAGACUGGUUGCAUUUGGCACCAGGUUCACCUCACCGUCUUGGCCAAUGGCCACACCCACUCCAUCCCAUUUCUUGUUUGCCCCAUUGGCAACACCCCGGCAAUUCUAGGCAUGACAUGGUUAACGGCAGAGGCUCCUCUUAUUGAUUGGCAACAGGGACUAGUCACAUUCCCUGAACAAGUUCAAAUUGCCUCCGAGGAAGAAGCAGACUCAGACCCUUUAGCAGACCUACCCCCUCAGUACCAUGAGUUUGCUAAGGUUUUUGGCAAAGAAGAAUUUAAGGUCCUCCCUCCACAUAGGGAGUAUGACAUCUCUAUAGACCUUGUCCCGGAUGCCAAACUGUCUCCUGGCCCCAUAUACGGCAUGACCAAUGCAGAAUCAAAGGCGCUAAAACAACAUAUUGAUGAGGAAUUAGCAACGGGCAAGAUCCGCCCUAGUACUUCCUCAGCAGGCGCCCCGGUCAUGUUUGUAAAAAAGGCUGAUGGAUCUCUCUGGCUAGUUGUUGAUUACAGGAAGUUGAAUGACGUAACCCACAAAAAUGUCUACCCCCUUCCAAGACAGGACAACCUCAUGGCCAAAUUACGGCACGCCAAAAUUUUCACAAAGCUUGACUUGCGCUGGGGUUACAAUAACGUGCAAAUUAAAGAAGGUGAUGAAUGGAAAACGGCUUUCAGAACCAAGUAUGGGUUAUUUGAAUACUUAGUAAUGCCCUUUGGCCUCACCAACGCCCCAGCCGCUUUCCAACACUUUAUGAACAACUUGUUCCGCAACCUUAUUGACGUCACUGUUGUCAUCUACCUGGACAAUAUCCUGAUCUUCUCCAAGAAUCCCAAGGACCACCCAACCCAUGUCAGAGAGGUCCUAGCCUGGCUAAUGAAGAACCAACUGUUUUGUAAACUAUCCAAGUGCCACUUCCACGUCACCACAGUGGAUUACUUAGGUAUUGUUAUUUCACCAGCAGGUUUCUCCAUGGAUCAGAAGAAAAUUGAGGCUGUCACCACCUGGCCCAUGCCCAGAACUGUCAAACAGGUCCAAGCCUUCCUAGGUUUUGUUAAUUACCUCCGCCGUUUCAUUCCUAAUUUCAGUUCUGUUGCACGCCCUUUGCACAACCUUACAAGGAAAGAAAACCCCUGGACAUGGGGUACCCUAGAAGAAGCAGCAUUCCAGGAAUUGAAAUCCCUUGUCACCCAGUCACUGGUCUUGGUACACUCCAAUCCUGAACUUCCUUACUACCUGGAAACAGAUGCAUCCGGAGUAGCUAUGGGAGCAAUUCUUAGCCAAAGAGGGGAAGACAACCGCUUACACCCGGUGGCCUACAUGUCAAAAUCUUUUUCCGGCGCCAAAGCUAAUUAUGACACUCACAAUAAGGAGCUCCUGGCCAUAAUCAAGGCAUUAGAAGAAUGGCGGAUCUUCCUAGAAGCAACGGACAGACCAAUCCAGGUUUUCACAGACCAUAGGAACCUGGAAUAUUGGAUGCAGGCACGGACGUUUAACAGAAGGCACGCGCGUUGGCAAAUCUUCCUGAGCAACUUCAACUUUGAGAUACAUUAUUGCCCAGGAAAACAGUCAGGCAAACCAGACGCCCUAUCCAGGAGAUCAGAUUAUGUUGACAACCCCCCAGAACCAGAAGUCAUGCUCCCAGCAGAGGUCUUUGCCAAUACCUUGGAAGAAGAAAUGGAAGUCAUCUCAGAAGUUUGGAAUAAACUAAGAGAGGACCCUUCCUUGGAACCCAUUAUCCAAUUCCUAACCAAGGAUGCAGAGAGCGCCCCGCCCUCAAUCAGGAAAGCGUAUAAGGACUACGAUUGGGAAGAAGAUCUCCUGUGGUACCAAGGAAAAUUAGUCAUCCCAGAUGCGGAGAACUUGAAGAAACGACUACUACGGGAAUUUCAUGACUCCCCGCUAGCAGGCCACCCUGGCCAACAAAGAACCUUAGAGCUAUUGAGCUGCAACUACUGGUGGCCAGGAAUGAAGUCAUCCGCUAAGGAAUGGGUAGAAUGUUGCCCCACCUGCCAAGCCAAUCAACGCGCUCACAAUCCAGUGAUAGCUUUGAAGCCCUUAGAGGUUCCCCCCUUUCCGUUCCAUACCAUCUCCUAUGAUUUUAUCACGGGUUUCCCCAAGUCAGAAGGAUAUUGUCAGAGUCUGACUAAUGAAGAAUGGGAUAGAUGCCUAAAGAGGCAGUGCUGGCUUUGGGGAUAA